CCAACUGAUGAAUGUUAAUUAUUAAACCUUUUAGAUGGUGGCUCGCUGAGUUCUCUGAUACCCUAAUCCGGGUCACAGAAUAGUUAAAGCAGCUUUAAGUGGAGAGUGGAUUUUUUUCCCCCUCAGUUUGUCUUCUGUUUUCGACUUUGAAAGAAUGCUGUGGCCACUCUUUUUCCUGGUGACCGCUAUUCAUGCUGAACUUUGUCAUCCAGAUGCAGAAAAUGCCUUUAAAGUAAGACUUAGCAUCAGAAGCGCUCUUGGAGAUAAAGCAUAUGUCUGGGACACGGAUGAAGAAUAUCUCUUCAGAGCAAUGGUGGCAUUCUCCAUGAGAAAAGUUCCCAACAGAGAAACAACCGAAAUUUCCCAUGUCCUGCUUUGCAACGUAACCCAGAGGGUAUCAUUCUGGUUUGUUGUCACAGACCCUUCCAAAAAUCGUACUCUUCCUGCAGCUGAAGUACAGUCGGCCAUAAGAAUGAAUAGGAACCGGAUCAAUAGCGCCUUCUUUUUGGAUGAUCAUACUCUGGAAUUUUUAAAAAUCCCCUCCACUCUUGCACCCCCCACGGACCCGUCGGUGCCCGUCUGGAUUAUUGUAUUUGGUGUGAUAUUCUGCAUUGUCAUAGUGGCAAUUGCACUCCUGGUUCUCUCGGGAAUACGGCGACAAAGGAAAAACAAAGGACCGCCUGGAGUGGAUGAUGCAGAAGACAAGUGUGAAAACAUAAUCACAAUUGAAAACGGCAUCCCCUGUGAUCCCUUGGACACAAAGGAAGGGCACAUUAAUGAUGGCUUCUCGACAGAGGAUGAGCGCCUCACACCUCUCUGAGAGUAAUAGUUGCUUGGCACACUUAUUUGGUUUCACCACCUUUUUUUUUUAAGAAAUUUUCAAUAUGCUUGAAUAUGGUAGACAGCGAAUUAUACCCACAAAGACCACUGAUAUCAUAACAUGUUGAGUUCUCAAAACAUUCUAGAACUUUUCCCUGAUAACCGAGUGUGAAAGUGUAGUCAUAUGUGUUUGCAGUUAGAGAUUUGAGCAUUUCUAAAAAUAAAGUCAGGGCUAUAAAUACAUUUCACAGUUUGAAGACCUAAGAAAAAAUCAUUUUUUCCUGUGGAGAAUAGCUCUAAUAUAAUAACAGCAUAGAAAUAAUUGAAAAUGGGUCUUUUGGAAUAUUGUUUAUAUUACUCUGCAUAUGAUGAAGUAAGAGAAAGUAAACAUGGAAUGGAUAAAAAUUGAAUUUAUUCUGUUCUCCCACCAACAGCUGCUUGUAUAUUUUCUGCAUAUCAGUUUUUAGUAGGGCAAGCAGAUCUAUUUGUUGUUGACUAUUUGCAAUUUGUACAAGUCCUAUCUAUGCUAAUUUAAUAAAGCACUGAGCAUCUCA